AUGACCGACGGCAAGAUCCCUCAAUGGAAGCUCGGCCAGCCGAAAGACUUUUACUCCAACUUCGUUCACAAGCGCCAACCUGUUGUAAUCCAAGGAAAGCUGGAAGACCUCGACUUUGUUACCAAGAAUUGGUCUAAUGUCGACUACUUGCGCGAAACAGCUGGCGAUGCUUCCGUCAAGGUCGAGCCCAUGCACAAGGAGAAGAAACGCUAUGGCACUGAUGUCGAGCGCGUUGAUACCACUUUUGGCGCUUUUCUCGACUCCUUAAGGGAAGAGAAGGAGGAAUACGACUACCUCACCACCCAGUACUCGGAUGACGAAGACGACAUGGACAGCGAGGACGAUGACGAGGACAAUGAAGAGAAGGAAGAUGGACAAGACAACGAAAUCAAGAAUGGCACUUUCCCACAACCUGUGCGUGCUCUUCUGCGCGACGAAGUUCCUAUGCGUCCCGAGAUGAUGGGCAACCUCGUUCUUCAACAGAUGAACAUCUGGCUCGGCAAGACCAAAGCUGGCACUAGCUCUGGCCUUCACCAUGACUUCCACGACAAUCUCUACAUUCUGCUGAAGGGUCGCAAGCGUUUCGUCCUGUACCCUCCUUCGGCCGUCUACCACCUCGACACGUACGGCAAGCCCAAGAAGAUUCAUCCCAACGGCUUGAUUAACGAAGCCGACGAGAUCAGAGCAGAUGGUCUUGUAGAAAGAGAUGCCGCUGCAUUGAAGGUCCAGGCCCUCGAGGAACAAAUGGACAAACUCGAAGAGAGCGGCGAGAAGAAAGGACUCGACAAGGUUCAGAAAGAAUAUGGCGAUGCCGUCGAGCGCUUGAUGAAGUACCAAGCCGCUGACUUCGGCGAGCUGGGCGAGGAUGACUUUGACGAGGUCUCUUCAGAAGAAGAAUCAGAUCCCGAGGACCUCAAAGACCAAGUCCUCCGCGACGCACCCAACAAGAAACGUAAAGCCGAGGAAGACUUGUCUGGCAGCAAACCCAGCAAGACCGCCAAAGCAGGUGCCGAAGACGACGAAGACUCUGAUGCCAACGACGACGACUCAGACGCCGAACUCCUCGAAGCCCUCGAACGCGCCCAAAACGGCCAACGCGACGACUUUGACGACGACGAAGAUGUCUCUGACCUCGAAGAAGCCUUUGCCAAUGCUCAAGGCGAGGACUCUGCUUUCCCUACCGAACCUCUUUCGUUCUCUCAAGUAUCGACACAAGAUCUACAUUCCCACCUCGGUCUCACAUCGACUCAGAAAACCUCUGCCGCGCUGGAGAAAGCAGGCAAACCGUAUAUUGUGGAGCUGAAAGCAGGCGAUAUGCUUUACUUGCCUACUAGUUGGUUCCAUGAGGUUACCUCGUUCAGUGAUGAGAAGAGCGAGGAUAACGUGCAUAUUGCUCUGAACUAUUGGUUCCAUCCUCCGGAUGCUCAGAAACCAGAGUUUGAGAAGCCGUAUGCUGAUGCUACUUUGUGGAAGUUUAUGGAGGAAAAGGUUAAAGGUGCUUACGAGGGAUUGAUUGCAGACAAGGAGGAUUGA